AUGAAGAAUCUUAUCCUCUUCGCGCUGGCAAGUGUUGUCUCAGCCCAUACCAUUUUUCAGAAAGUCUCUGUCAACGGCGUGGAGCAGGGUCAACUGAAGGGCGUCCGCGCCCCCGAUUCUGACUACCCUAUCACAAAUGUCAACGACGCGGCUUUUGCUUGCAACAAAGACAUCAAGCAUACAGAUAGCACUGUGAUAAGCAUUCCGGCUGGAGCAAAGGUCGGCGCAUGGUGGGGACACGUCAUAGGUGGAAAGCAGGGUGCUAACGAUCCCGAUCAUCCUAUUGCUGCGAGCCACAAAGGGCCGAUACAAUACUACCUUGCCAAGGUAGACAAUGCCGCAACUACUGGCACCACAGGCCUUCAAUGGUUCAAGGUUGCCCAAGACGGUCUGAGUAACGGAAAAUGGGCUGUGGACACGAUGAUUGCCAACGGAGGUUGGCACUACUUCAACAUGCCUACUUGUGUUGCUCCGGGCGACUAUCUGCUGCGUGUCGAGCUCAUCGCCCUCCACAGCGCUUCGGCGCAAGGCGGCGCCCAAUUCUACAUGGAAUGCGCACAGAUCCGCGUCUCGGGUAGUGGCACAAACAAGGGCUCCAACUUCGUCUCUUUCCCUGGUGCUUACAAAGCCAACGACCCCGGUAUCCAACUCAGUAUCUAUGACACCACUGGGAAGCCCUACAUGGGUGGCAAGGCCUAUUCCAUUCCAGGGCCUGCGCCGCUGACCUGUGCGGCUGGGCAAGAUGGCGGCAGUGGCUCCACACCAGCGCCUCAACAGCCAGCUCCAGCACCAGAAGCGCCGGCUGCGGGAGCCGCACUAUACGCGCAGUGCGGAGGCGCCACGUGGACUGGUCCAACGACGUGUGCACAGGGAAUGUGUAAAGUAAGCAGCGAGCAUUACUCACAAUGCGUGCCGUAA